AGAGAAUGAGGGCCCCUGAACGGGUGCCAGAUCCUUUGAAGCAGAAGUUUUUCCAUUCAAAUGAGGGGUUUGAGAUAGAGUAUGCUAAACUCAUUCAUACAAAAGAUGAUAGUGACCUCACUGUGAAACAUUUAAUGGAUUGCACUGGAGAAUUUACUAAACUUAUCGCAUUGUUCUGCGGAAACUCUCUAGUAAUACGGCAACUACGCGAUGGAGGAAUGCAAGCACCGUUUAUUUUUGGUGACGAUCUUGUGGUGCAGGAUGUAGACUACCUUCGCAGCGCAGACGAAGGAUUUGAAAUCGUGGUAGCCCUGAACAGCGAAAAACUAAAUGUUCAUCCCAACUGCGUGGCUUUGCUAUCUUGGAAUGGAGCUAAGUUAGUGCUUUUGAGGAAGCUCAAGAUCGAAGAGGAGAUCUCUUGCCUCAAGGUGAUCGCAGACGAGCCACUUAUGGAGCAACUUCAUAACCUCCUGCAUACCAGAAUGGCAUCUUGGCCACAUAUCAUCGCCGUAGGCACACAUCUUGCUCAUUGUUACUUAUUUCACUUUCAACUUGCUGACCAGAGCACAGAAAAUGGGCAGGUUCCGAAAACUGUUAAGCUAACGGAUGGACUGAGGCCUUUCCAUUCCGGACCCGAGUUCCUCUACUCUUACGCCGACCCUUGCACAGGCAGUUCAGUGUCGAAAAGGAUUCGUUUAGAUGCUGUUCAUGUUACUUGCAUAAGCUUUAUCGAGAAAAGUCGUACAGUUUUGGUGGGUUUCUCAUUCGGUGGAAUAGUGACAAUAUCUUUGACCACGACGCCAACAAUUGAUCCAUUGGUUUAUCCAUGUGGUGCGGCUGUAAAUUUCUUUGCAACUUUGGAACCUGAUGACGAUCCGAGAUCUCAUUUGUGGUUUUUUGUAGCAUACGGUACUACUCGAGCUAAACCAUUGCAAUUGGCGUUGUAUGAAGUAGGUUUUCCCGAAGAGGAAACCCUGCCCUUGAGUGAACGUACUUGGAACAAACCGGUGUUCUCCAUCAGACUCGUGGUUCCCUUUCAUAAUUCUACUCGUUGGAUAUCUGCACAAACUCUUGUGCGUGACCGUGUAGAACUCAAAAGCAGCGAUGAUUCUACCAGAGAUAGCUACAGAUUUGGUUCUGAAAAGGACAGAUCGUUAGUGUUCUUCUCUUAUAUUGGCAACGAUCGCCAUGGAAGCAGCUUGAGGGGUGGUCUUUUUGAUCUCAAUGCCUACUAUUACAAACGGCUGGUACAAAUCAUCACGCAUGACGGCACAGCUGCUCAGCAAUGCGCAUUUUUGUCUACUGUACACCCUACCCCGAUCGCUGUUGAAGAAGAUUAUAAACUUGUUAAGAGCAUAGUUGUGGAUCCUAAUUACAUUACUCGAUUUAUCUCUAACGUUACUGAUGCUGAGCAGAUGUUCUACCCAUCCACUUACGAGAUGCAUGUAGUGCACGUGGCGGGAGCCAAAAAAUGCUACCAACUAAAGCUUCCCAGUCUCCCAAAUCAGCUAUUCUCAACUAUUUGUGCCGAUCUCGAGAUGCAUAUGAAGGACGCCACAUCAGCAUCAACGUGGCUCAAUGCUUUGGGUUUUCCCAAGAAGGACAAGCUUGUUGGAGCAUCGGAGCAAUAUGCUGAUGUUUGCUCUGUUCUUUACGCUCUGGUCAGUCAUCAGCGAGGAAUGAGUAUUGUGCAAUUCAUCAAGCACAGCGAAUCCACUGAAUUACGUCAUUUGAUCGCAUCUUGGAUUUGGGAAGAAGUGGAUAGAGCCUCAAAAAGAAUGCAUGAGACUAUUGAGCCGCUGUUUGCGAGAUUCUCGGCUCCACUUUCACCAGCGGGACAGAAGUCAUUAGCUCAUGUGCACGACGUCUUCGUGUCUGGUGUGCAAAUACUGCGAGAAUUAAUCAUCGCCGGAGAACGAGAGCAAGAUCAGACCAAAGAAUACAUUACGAGCUUAGAAGCUCAGCGUUUUGCUACGGAGAAUCUGAAGUCCUAUUCGCUAAUAAUCCAGCAAUUGAUGAGAUCCAAAAUCCUCCCUGUUGCGGAAGACCGAGAAAUACGUCUUGCAAUGGAGAAAGUCAUUGAGGAGCGAAGAGCAAAGGCUUCAGGGCAUCAACUCUACAUUGACAAGUUGGUUGUUCGCAUGAAACGUAAAUCUCCUGGUGAACCAUUUUGGUCUGCUGAAGGUCCACAGUGGUAUCCACCUGCGCUGUUGAAUUUGUUGGGCCCAAUCUUGCUUCUGAAUAUUCCUGCAAAGUGGAAGGGACAGCUUCUCGCUUACUACCUUCUCGACUACACGAAUUGCAAGAAAGUCACUGGAGUAAUUCCAGACUCGCCUUUUGAUCUACUCGAUGAUGUCGCCAAACAAAUGCAUGGUCUAUUGGGCAUGAACAAGGAGGAAGUGUUGAGUGUGUACAAGUUUUGGUGUGCAGAUGCUGGGAAGCCAUUGAGUGAGCGAGAGGAACUCGAGCGGAGUUCUCCUCGUAAAUGUUUGUCUGCGGAAGCAGACAUCAAGCAUUUCAUGAGCAUACCACGCCCGCUCACUUCAGAAGAAGAGAAUAAGUUGCAAUCCUUAUGCAAUACCGUACGCUAUGGCGAUUUUGCAUGGCAGUGCUAUCUAGCAAAGUGUCGCAGAUUCGAGGAAUUCAAAGAACUACCUGUUCCGUCCAAUGAAGACAAUGAGUUCGUCUUGGAUUACGAGCAGCUCAUCCCGGUUGUGCGUAUGCUUCGUCGUAGCAAAGAUUCUUCUCCUUUGUCGCAGGCAUCAUGGCCAUCCGAAAUGAAGCAAGCUAUCGAAAAUUUUGAGCGUGAACGACGGUCUUCCAUUGGUAGGUAUGACGCAGAAAUACCCCUUCUCAGCCGUGGGAAAACUCCAAAGCCGCUUAGUAGAAGACAGUACGCUCCUGAUGGUCUUCUCUCAAGGAAACGACAGGCGACAUUUCCUCUUCAACGCACUAUUUCGACUCCACCACAAACAUCUGCUGAGACAGAUAAAACAACGCCUGUUGCCAAACGUGCAUUGCUCGAUCUCAGUGAAGACGAAAGCGUUCUACUUCCAAAGAACAUCCCUGCGAAUACUCUAAACACCAUAAACGAUAUUCUGAGGACUCCACAAGCUCGUGCGCGUGCUGCUGCGCAAGCUGAAUCUCAACGCAAGUGGACUGAAACCACUCCAGAAGGAGAGUUUCAGAAACCUGUUCCAAGAAGUAUCUUGAAAUCAGCUAAAGGUGUAGUGCAAGGAGCAGCUUCUCCUUCACGAAAUCGUCUUCAUUUUGAUUUGCCAUCGCCAACUCAGUCUUUACAUAAAAGUCCAACUUCUACCACGCAGGAACAUUUGGAGAAAAUGUCACAGCCUAACUUUGAUGAGUCGCUGGAUUACGAAGAAAUUUACGAAAGUUCAAGUGCAACGGAAGAAUGUGUGGAGAUUGAACCGGAGGAAUUCGCUCCUUAUAUUAGUCCAAGUCCCAGCGCUGAAACAGUGGAAACUGCGGCAACCGUUGAAGAACCAGUUGACUCUUUGGAAAAAUCCAUUGAGGUGCAGGACGAAGACGAGAGCGACGAGGGCAUGGAGAAGAACGAAAGUAGUGUAGUGAUCGUGGAAGCGGAGGAAGAAGCGAUGGAUGAACAGCAUACUCCAGAAGAGCUUACAGUGCCGGAACAGGAAGGACAUAAACAGAGUCAGGAGGUAAUUGUGAAUCCUAUCGUGGAACUCGCGGAAGAUCAGAUCGAUGAGCGGAGUGUCGAACAGCAAGACGAAGAUGAGGGAAUAGACGAUGCUGAAAAUGUUAGUGUGCCGAAGAUCGUUUCUAUGGCUGAAGAGCAACAGGAAGAGGAAGAAAUGACGGACAAUAGGGGACCUGUAAUUCUGAUUUCUGAGCAACGAAGUGAGGAACGCGAAGAGGAGGAGCCGGCUGCCUCUGAGAGAUUGAGUUUUAUCGAACAAGAAGAACAAGAUGAGGAGGAGGAAUAUCCAGAGAGCGCAUCGGUUGCUGGAAAGUCUGCUAGUAGCUACGAGAUCCAAGAUGAGGAUGUACAGCCCACAGUCAACAUCGUGCGUUACGAAUCUGUCGUCGAGAGAACCCCUGGAACCACCACAAACACUGGAGAUCUCAAUGAUAGUGAGGGAAGAGUUGAGCAUGUGACUCGCAGUAUUAAAAUACAAUCGCAGUUUGAUGAUGAUGUAGAGCUCAGAGAAGUCCAAGAUGAGUAUGAUGAAGUUGCCACCGCAUUAGCUUCUGGAGAUUACGCGGGGUCGUCCCGUGAAGGAAUCCAGUCAAUAACAAGUACCGAUUUGAAUGGGGACACUUCCACCGGACGAAUCAAGCUCGUUGAUUACUCUUUCCAUGAAUCUACUUUUGAGAGUACCCCCAAUCCCACCACUUCUAAGCAUUCAAGAACCAUUGAGGAAAAUGAAGCACGGCAAACGCUUCAGUUUGAAGACCAAAACGAUGAUGAGCUGGAGGGCAUUGAGACAAGUACUGAUAUCUCACCUCCGCGCGAGUCGAGUUCGGAGUCCACGGUAUCUCCUCUUCCCGAACCAGGCAAGGCGAAAACAUCUCCUGCUGUCAGAGAUAGUGAGGCAGCGCAAAGUAAAGGAUUCCAAAAGAUGUUGUCGCCAAAGCAUGACGAUCUGCCUGUUGUGCAUGAGAGCCGAGGAACUAGCCGCGCAAGCUCACCCGCUUCGGUAGUGUCGGUAUCAUCGCACCCAUCUGAGUCGGAUUUACCACCAGAAAUUCACACCAAACGCCGUUCUUCAAGAAAGUUGCAGGGCACUCGCACUCCGCCUCCGGCAACUCCUACGAGACACUCACAAAGGUUACGUGAGAAGGAAGCAGCGCACAGUCCUGGAAAAGUUACCGAAGAAGCAGACCAGCAUCAUGAGGACCACGGCGCGGACACUCAUGUGGCUGGUGAUUCUAGAUCUCCCUCAAGGAAAAGUGAAGAGUUGCCGCACUUAACAAUGUCGUUGAGAAGCAGAACUCCGCAUGCAACCACGGAGGAUGUUGUUUCACACGAGUUGCCGUCACAAAGAAAAUCUCCGUCACGAAGUCGCCGUGCUGCCAAGGAGACGGAAUUAUCGGCAUUAGAGGGUUCAUCAACUCCGCCACAAGAAUCUUCAGAAGGCAAUAUUCCUGAAACUCCGGCCACAACGAGGAGUUUGCGACCACGAACGCCAUCUCGAACAAGAGCGGACAGCAUUUCUUCAACUCCUGGGACGCGAUCACGAGUAUCACGCAGAACGAGUGAAAGCUCUACAUCAAGUGAAGUCACAGCGAGCACCCGGAAGAGCCCUAGCCGCUCUGCUCGCAAACGUAUACCCUCACCAGUAGAAGAAGAAGAACCUUCUAUUCCGCCAAAAUCUCCAUCUAGAAGAACUCCUACGCGUUCUACAGUGGCUGCUGGUAAAUCCAUCCCGGAGCCAGCUGGCAAGGCCAGGGCUGCUAGGGCGUUGCAACAAAAGUUCGAAACCACGAAAAGAGGAGAGGAUGCGCGCACCUACUUUGAUACUGUCUUGGAAAAACAUCGUACUGUUGGAACAUCUGGGGCUAGAGGAAGCAGAAGGAGGACAAGAUCAGAUUCUGAAGUAGCUGAAGUGAAGCCCUUGAAACUCAAAAAGAUGGAAGUUGCAGAAGUUAUUCCAGAAGAGGAUGAAGAAACAGAUGUGCCCGCCACCAGAGGACGGAGGAAAGCAGCAAUGCAGCAGGCAAGUGGAAGUGCUGAGGUAACAACGUCGGCUACACGAUCACCGGCACGCUCAAAGCGCGCCUCUAGUGUGACGAUCGCGGAGACUACGCCGGGAAGAACGCGAAGAACUAGUGGAUCAUCGGUGUCAUCAGUCGGUACAGCUUCUACACCGAAAUCACCUAGCCGCCGUGGGCGACCAAGGAACAUUGAGACAAUCCCUGAGUGAUAUUCCCAGUUAAUUUAUAGCUUUAGUAACAAUGUGAGUACAAGUUUCGUUGUACUGUAUAUGAUCUUUGUCCAUCAGUGCAUCUGGUUCGGAUGUCGCUUUGUAAUAACAUGGUCGUGACUUUUAAUAUAGUAAUAAAUCCUGCAUUUCAGAA